UUAUAAUGAUGCUGAAGUGGUAGAUUACAGAAAAUUUCAAAUAAUUUUAAAAAAAAAUAAAAUACUACAGUUGUAUAGUGCAAACUUUAAAAAAAAAUGAAACCAGAAUCAACUUUUGAGUAUUUUUUGAGCUAUGAAAUAUUAAAGGGUAAUUCCUUAUUUUAGAGCGAUAAAUUCCAUAAUGAGCUUUUUUAAUAAAAAAUAAAUUUAUUUUAUUGUUAAAAGUAUUUUUUAAGCAAAAUACCGUCUUUUUGUUCGGAUACGACAACCAUUUAACAAAUUGUAUGAGAUAAAAAAAAGUACAUUUCAUGAAUCUUUUAAUUUUGUCAUUCACGGCGCCAGUAUGCUAAAUCAAGGAGAUCUCUUCUUUCUUCAAAUAUACUCUAUAAAAGUUACCCAAUUGGAUGUAUCUAGAUGUAAAUAAAUGUUGUAUUUAUUUUAUAACAUUGUUUAAUUUUGUCUAGGUCUCCGAUAUUUCUUUCUAAACCAUUAUAUAUAUAUAUUUUGAACUUUCAACUUUUGCACAUGACUAGUUAAUUAAAACUUUCCUUGACCAAUGAUUCAAUAGUGUUUGCACACAGCAAUCUCUUAUGAAUGAAACUAUGAGAAUUAUAUGGCAUCCUUCUGUCUUCGCGAGUCGAUGGAGUAGCUAUGUAGUCCUACACUUCGACUAGGCCAAUCCUAGAAUGACAAUCUCGACUGCAUUUCUCCCAGGAGAAUAUUGAUUCCUGGUAAGAUCUUGACUUCCGUAUUGUUCUUUUUGUUGCAAGGGCCUCGUUUCGCAUAUCUUCUGCUCUCAUUUGUUGUUUUCAAUAUUGGCUUCCCUCAUGCUCCUUUUGCAAACGUCCAUAAAUCUCAGGCGUGGCCAUCCAAUAAGUCUUGUCCCUUCUGUCAACUCUCCAUACAGCAGCAUCUUCGAGAUAUGGCCUUCCUCCAUUCUCCUUAUGUGACCUAACAAGCAAAUGCGCCUCUUGCUAAGAAAGGAGAAUAUGCAAAACAUUUGUUAGGCACCUUGUCCUGCCAUCGAAUGCGUAAAAUGCGACGCAGACAUCUUUGGUGGAAGCUGUUGAGUUUCCGUUCCUGACUGGUAUAUGUGGUCUACAUUUCGCUACCAUUUAGGAGCGUACUAUGAGAAUAAUACUAGAGUAAUAUAGUACAUACCACGGACUGUGAAUGGUUGCCCAUGACAAUGUUUUGCACACAGCAAAUAAUGAUAAUAUAAUUUGACUUUACUGGGUUUUAAACCUCAAAUUAAAUUAUUCAAAGUUUAUUCAAAAACAUGCUAUCAAAUAUUUUGAAUUAAAUAGUGGUAAAAAUUGAAUAUUUUCUAAGUAUGUGCUACUUCUGACAUUAAAAAGGAGUGCAUGGUCACCUCCUUAUCCUGAUGUGGUUAACCUGGAUGGGCAUAAGUAAUGGCCGAAAUUUCCAAACUUAAUAAGAUUUGGCACAAAUAUACAUCAACAUAUAGUGCUGAUUUUAUAUGAAAGACGUAUAGUUUGAAAUUCAAAAAUUUUUUAUUGAAAAAUGCAUUAUAUAUACCGAUACCUAAGAAUUUCCAAAAAGAUGGUUGAUUGAAAAUGCAAAAAAUUAGGAUGGAAAUGUAGGCCAAAAUGUGGAUGGAUACCACAAUUUUAUGAUAAAAUAGUCCUUUCAUUAAUGAAACGAACCAACUUCCAAAAAUGAUUAACUCAGAUUCUUCUGCGCUGACACCCAUUCCCCAUAAAAUUUUGAACUAGUUUUACCCAAGUGCCUAAGCCAAGGUCUGGUAAUCCUAUAUUUUAGAAUAAUUGUAAAUUAAAGGUGUAUUACCAGUGAUCAUAUUUAGCAUAUUUAAUUAUUUACAUGUUAUUUCCCCUUUCAUUGAUAUCUUUUUACGCAAUGGUAGAUAAGGUAUGAUGAUCAAAAGGCAAUCAUAUUCUCUGGACAUCGGUAUCGCCUAUGUCAGUGGUCCCCAAAUAGCGGUCCGUGGACCUUCACCUGUCCGCAUGCCUAACGCUGCCGGUCCCCAUAACAUAAAUAUUUAUUGUCAAAUAGAAAUUAAAGUAUAAAAAUAAAUCAUGCACCGGUCCCUGGUAAAAUUUAAAAACUUGUUCACCGGUCCGCCAAACUUAAAAGUUUGGGAACCACUGGCCUAUGUACACCCAAAACAACCAGGCAGUUCCGGCUCAUCCCAGCAAGAACACAGAACAGGAACUGCUCAUUCCUGCCAAAGACAAUCAGGGACUUGAACAAGCUUCCAAAAGGAUCAGUUGAGGCCAAAACAUUUGACACAUUUGGAUCUAUUGCCUCUGGCCCCAGUUCAUGAUACCCUUGCUGAGUAGCCCUUGCAACCAGUGAAAUAUCCUCUUCAAUACCAGGCACAGAAACUUUGCAAAUCCCCUCUAAAUACAUAGGAGCCGGAAUGAUCAAUAUUUUGAUCGUAGGCCCUUAAUAUAAAGAAGAAGAAGAGGAAAUUGUGUUGUCAAAAUUUACAGAGGGUAUCAUUGUUUCACCUCUUAUAGUCGAUUAUUGGCAUAAUAAUAAAUUCUACAUCUGCCCAUUACUUAAUGCUGACACCUUGCUUGUUCAAUUGAGAAUUUAUUUGAAUUUAUUUUUUGUCAGGUUUAAGUUUGAAAAUGGGGUUAAAAAUAGGUCAUAGUUAAUUAUCAAUAACUUAAAUAAAAAAUUCAAUUGUAAAAAAAAAAAGGUUUUUUAAUUUUAUUAUGUCAUUUAUAACAUGUCCAAAUUCCUGAGAGUAGACUAGGUAAACGGGUCAAAAACAAAAAAUAAAAGUGAUGAUGACAAUUUACAUACUCUUUUAUUUCAUGACAAUUUACAUUGACGACCAUGCUUGUUUGCAUAUUACCUAUUAUGGAUAGCCGCCGUUGAGUAGUUCAUAAUUCGUUUACUUCCUUAUCCGAAAAAUAAAUGGGAAAUAUAAUUAACCUAAUCAUUUUAAAGAAAUACAAUUUUUGUAAUAAAAUAAAUAAUUAUUAUUGGCUUAUCAAUAAAUAUCAGUAGCUUUAAUUUUGGGGUUGGUUGCAAUGGAUGGGAUUGAUAACCAUUUUACUUAGAUAGGCCUAUUUAAAGUAUAAUUUUACUAUUAUAAAAUAGUAAUGAGGGAGUCCCGAAAGGCGGAUAACGUUGGUACAAUGAAACAUUCCGACAACUCCUGUGACGUCACUGGUGCCAAGCUGUAUCAUCCAAUGAUGUUCCCUUGGGUUAUCCAGCGGCGUGGAGAGAGGCAAUUUGCUGUUGGGAACCAGAUUAUAAUCCUUGAAGAAUAAUCCCAGGCCAUGUUGAUUUCGUCCUCCAAAGCCCACUCCAUCGUCACAUUGUGACGGACGGAUGCCAGCAAAAAAAAAAUUUUAAAAAUAGUAAUGUGAGAGAUCUAUACAAUAAUAUUUAGCUAAUAUGUAUUAACUGUUGUAGUUUAUAAAAAACAACUUUCGUUUGGUAUUGAAAUGAUUAAGUAAAUACAAAAUCAAAGUCCCCACAAUUAAAUAUUUCACAAAAUAUUAAGCAAUGAGGCUUCUAAUACUGAUUAUUAAUAAGUUUAACACAAUUAUUUCCAACGGUAUCCUAAAAUUGUUGUUUAUUUUUGUUUUUAAAUGUGAAUUUUUAGAAAUGUAGGCGAAAAAGAGAUGGAUAAUGGUGUGUAUAAAUGUGUUGUUUUAUUUGGUCUAGAAUUGUAGUUGUGUGGUAGUUCAUAUAAUAAUUAUAAAAAUUGAAACACUUAUCAAUUCGUUGAUUAAUUUUUAAAAAAUAUUUUCAACCAGCAGGUUUAAGGACAGUUCUGGGAAGAACCAAGAUAUGUCAACCAGCCUUGCUUACCUUGACAGCCCUUCCUGCUGCUAUUCAGAUCAGAUACAAAAGCCGAAAACAGCGUGUAAGACAACCAAAAUCAGAAGUCGAAAAACCCAAGCAAUUCACUUCCAAGAAGCAGCUAAAAAAGUGUGUAAAAUAAAGAUACAGAUGUAGAGAAAACAAUAGCAUACCUCUCAGUGUCAACCGCCUAAUAUAAAAUGCAGUACGCUACACCAAAUAAAUCUUUAUAAUAAUAAAAAUCUAUCUAAACAAAAAAAGAGAAGUAUAGGGUCGUGAGAGUCAGGAAUUGGACAUGGAAAACUGGUUUAGUACAUCUUAGCUUUUGUCAUUGUUUCAUGAAGUUAUAGAGCAUGCGCCACAGAUAACUUUAGAUUUUUUAAAUUUCUUUUAAAUAACAAUUUCAUUUAACAUUCAUAUGCCUUUUUUAGGGCUCAUUUUCUGUAGCUAAUUUGGAUAACAUUAAAUUAUAAUUUAGUUCCAUGUUGGGAUCAGUUUCUAAACUUUGCAGGAAAAAGGAUUCUAGAAUUAGUAGAUACAUUGAUGAUCUUUUUUUAUGAUACUUCUAAUGACAUUAACAGGGUGUUGUCAGCUGAUGUCCAAGAUAAGGAUUCUAUCAUUGCUGCAGCUCCAGUAGAUAAUGUUUGGGUCCAUAAGUUUUACCCUAAGCCAAAAUUUUCAAUUGAAGAAGCAAUAAAGAGACACAAUGCAUUGGCUCAGCCUGCUAUGCUUAACAACUUGAAAGGCAUUGUUUUCCUGGACAUGAGGCUCGACUGCUCAACAGCGAAAAAGGUAUAGUUUUUACAAGUCAUGCAUGGCUGUCUAAUCAAUGUGAAAUUUAAUCUUAAAUUUAAAUUAAAAGAGCUCUAAGAUAUUUUCAUUACAUUUUUAAGAACUCAGUUGUCUUUGAUUUUUCAUAAAUGUAUAUAAUGAUUUAACAUAAAUGUAAGUUUUACUAAAACUUUACGCAUCAUUAUUGCCCUUUUUAUUGUUAACCUUAAUUUCUAGAAACAGUUUAUCUCACACACUCAUAUUAGUUCAAAAAGAUAAGGAAAAUGCAUUGUUGUAAUAAUGUUCAUUAAAUUCUAUUUAAUCACCUUUUAUUAAGUUUAAGAAAUAAGAAACUUCACAGAUCGGCACACAAAUAGGCCACAUAAGAUUUUUAUAGAUAAAUUCCAAGGAGGUUUUGUUUUACUCUCAGACAAAGUUUAUGGGGACAAUACGAUCAACAGUCAGGUUGCCACAUGAGUUCCCAUAUGGAUCGCCACCAGCUAUUUUAGUAUUUUGUAAGGUAGGUGGAAUUGUCUAAUAAUAUCCAUGAAAAAUUGGGUUUAUUUAUUUAAAUUAAAAAUAAAUAAAUAAAGUGUUCAUACAUUAUUUUUGUGUAUGUAUUUAAAUCAUUUUGUAUCACGCAAUGACUUAAUAAAGGGGAGAGAGUGCAUUUCAAAAUAAUCCAGAUUUGGUGGAGGGGAUGGGGGAGAAUAAAUAUCAAGUUCAAAGUAGUGUCUGUAUUAUGGCCCCUUUUCCAUGGUUGUAACUAGGAACUUAUUAAUACAGUACCAAUUUUAUUUUUGUGAGCACAUUUAUUAUCUUUUUAAAAUCUGGUAAAAAAAACAUAAUACAUAAAUUGUGUGCUAAGCAUAAAAAUCGGAAAGUGCAAAAACCAUUUAAAAAGUACAGAUAAAUUAUUUCUCUUGGAAGUAUGUCGGAAACUAAUUUUGGGGAUUGGAUCAAAUGUAUGGGAAUUAAAAUGUUGCUAACGACAGGCUUUUUAUGCCUUUAUAAUAAUCAAUUUAUCAUCCUCUAACCUGACUGAUUAUGAAAAAUAAAUUACCUUCUAUUUAUUACUAAUUCUAAAAGCACUAAAAGCGAAUAACCAGGGGUCAGUUAAUAAAUAUGAGCCAAUGUAGCAAGUCCAAUAAAUCAGCAAUUUUUCAAUGUUCUUAUUGUUGCAACCAUAGUUGUGUAUAGUUUUCAACCCCUGUUAUAAUAGUGGCACUAUGAUAAUGUAUAUAAUGAAAAUGAGAGGAGUAUUUUAAAAAUUUUAGUGACUAUUUGAUAAGGCUGCGGCUAUUCGGACCCGGGCCCGAGAAGUGAGAGUUUGGGUUUAUUAAAAAAUAUUUAAAAAUAAUUGUAGGGUUUGUAAGACAAAAUUUGGUAUCAAAUGAAAGAUGAUUGAAUGGACUAUAUGUUUGUAAAUUUACUUCUUAAGUUUAACUAAAAUAAAAUACCACAAAUGACAUCCGAAUAGCAUUUAGUCAAAGUGGAACCGGGAACGCAUCGCCGCUAUUCGGACCUGGGUUCCUUUAGACUCAAUGCUAUUCGGAUGUCAUUUGUGGUAGUUUAUUUUAGUUAAACUGAAGAAUUAAGUUUACAAACAUAUAGUCCAUUCAAUUAUCUUUCAUUUGAUACCAAAUUUUGUCUUACAACCUAACAAUAAUAUUUGUUUUUUAAAUAAAAAUCCCAACCUCUAACUUUUCGGACCCGGGUCCGAAUAGCCCCUUCGAUUUGAUAAUUAGUUUUGUUUUCAAAAAGUAACCUCUUCCUUAACGUUUGUUUUCAGAAUUGCUGAAUUCCUAUAAUUUCAUAUUAAAAUAAUUUGAAAGUUGUUGUUUUUUCCAUAUUGUUGGCUUUAAAAUAAAAUUAUUCCUCAGCGCAAAAGAGAAUUUGAUUGAACACAUAAACUUUCACUAAAAGAACUGUAAUAUGAAGAUAAUUAAAACAAAAUUAAAGAGACAUUUUUUUUAAAGUACCGGUAUGCUUUUUUUAUGUUUUGCUUCGAGAAUAAGAAGUUAAAAUUUUCAAGAAACAGGAAAGUUAAGUCAUUCAACGUUACGAAUAUCAUGAAAGGAUUUUAUACCAACAAUGUAGUAAAUGCAUGAUCUUCUUUUAUUCUCUUCAUUUGAAAUGUCCAGAAAGAAGAAAAUAUCUCAUUAGCCGAAACACUUGGUGCAAAACAUGUGGGGACACCUGAGAAUAUAACUAAAAUGGUAGGUAAAAACAAUAAUUAAAAGAGUAUUAUAGUUUUAAUAAGCUUAAUUCCCACUAUCAAAUUGUUUAAAAUUCAACUGACCAGUUUCCCCUUGAAUCAAGGUGUAUAGGAAUUAAUUGACCAGUUUCCCACCUAUCAAUUAGUAUAGACUUCAAAUGACCAUAACCUGGAUCAAGUAGUAGAGGAUUCAAUUGACCAGUUUGCCCCUGGCUCAAGUUGUAUGGAUUCAAUUGAUGAGUUUCCUCCUGGAUAAAGUUGUAUGGAUUCAAUUGACCAGUUUCCCCAGUUUCUUUGCAAAAUAUAUUAGUUGAAAAAAAAACGAAUUAAAACGCCACAAAGAAAACAGCUAUUAUACAAAAACCACAAGUAAAUUUAUGUAUAAUGAUAUAAAUGUGAAACAACCAACUAGUGUAACGGCAAACCUUUGAGUCAUUAAAAAUUUAUAAGUAUUGUUAGCGAGUUUAGACAUUAUACUCUUUACAUUUAAUUUUUGAGGUCAUAUGUCUUGGCCAAUGUGCGUGUCCAAAAAAUGAGAACUGUUAAGAUUUGACAGGAUUCAACAGAAUGACAAUAGCACUUGGUAGUGAAGUCCAUUUUCCGCUCAGAAUAAAGUUAGCGACUUGAAAGUGUUUGUUAACUCCUGUUAUGUUACAAAAGUGUAUCUUACACAUCUAAAACACAUUCUUUGGAAACUGGGAAAUUUUAUAAUUAAAUACAUUUUUGUUCUCAGAUCAAUAAUGGGCUCAUUAACCCAAAGGACUUUAAUCAUGUGUUGUGCACACCUGACUGUGCCAGUGAUAUACUGUCCCUGCGUUCUCACUUCAGGGAUAUAUUCCCACAGAAGGCCAAAGGUAAAUAUUGCUACUAAUAGUAAUAGAUCUUACAAAUUAUAUAAUUAUGUAUCAUUAAAGUACCAUUUGCUUGUCAUUCCCUUCACUGAUUUGCUUGAGAAUUUUGCUUUUUUUUUAAAUUUUUUUUAAAAAAAAAUUCUGGCAGUUGUAUCCUUUAUUUGUCCAUAGAUCAUCAAUAGUUAAUCUCAUGCCAAGUUGGCUGUUUAUGAAACUAAGGCUUUACCUCCUCUCCAAGAAUAGCUGCUACUGGGCUCACAAGCACCGAGCUUAUUUAUAAUCCCAGGGUGGCUUUGAACCCACUAUUUCUUAGUUGAGAGGGUACUUUUUGGUUAACACUGCUUCGGAUGGCCCAUAUUACUGUAUGUUUUGAAAACAAAUAAAUGGAAAUACCAGCUGUAUUUUUUCGUUGUUCUCAUACAGUUUUUUCAUGAAUGUUCAGCUGAAAAUUUUUUUUAUAUUUACCGAGCUUAUUUAUAAUCCCAGGGUGGCUUUGAACCCACUAUUUCUUAGUUGAGAGGGUACUUUUUGGUUAACACUGCUUCGGAUGGCCCAUAUUACUGUAUGUUUUGAAAACAAAUAAAUUGAAAUACCAGCUGUAUUUUUUCGUUGUUCUCAUACAGUUUUUUCAUGAAUGUUCAGCUGAAAAAUUUUUCAAUUUAAAUAUCCUCUACAUUUGAAAUAUUGCAUUCUCAAAAUAUUAUGUGUAUUCGUUAUGAAUAAUUUGUUUUGAUAAAAAUGUAUCCUUAAAGCAAAACAUGAUUGAAAGUAUCCCUAGCCCAGCAGUAGGGUUGCACUGAUUACCAUACUGGCCAAUUAACAAUUAUUUGGCCUUGCAUAAUCAGCCACCGAUUAGUUAUUUUGAAUGUAGUUUUGAAAUACAUAUUAUAGGUGCCUAAUUAUAAAUUUUUUUGUUCGUUUAGUAUUCUAUUUUAUAAUUAAUAUAAUUAAAAAAUAUAUACAACAUAACAUUAAAAAAAAAACUUUUCAGUUGAUCAGGUGGGUUCAUUGCUUAAAAUUUGAUCUAAACUCUCGCCAUCCCAAACCUACCCCCAAAAAUAAUGAAUGCAUUUUAAAAAAAAAAAUAACAAUCACUGCACUAUCACUGACUAUUGUAAGUCACUGCAGCAAUUUAUAAGCACAUGCUAAUAAUGUCUAAGAAAUAUUGUGAACAAUCUAAUUCUGUUGUAAAAAGUGGCAUAUCAUGCUAGUGCAGUUUAGUUCUCAAAACUUAAAAAAAAAGCAUUGUGUUAUUUGGUCUUCACCAGGUCAUUGUGUAUACCUGUGGUUCUCAAAGGUGUAAUAGCCCAGGGUGGCGCUGUAAGGCUUGGAAGAUUUCAGGGUGGGGUGUUGGGAAUUUAUUAGGGUAGACGAAGUAAUUAAUUCUGUUAUUGUUUACAUCCAAUGAAUGUAAACAUCAUGGUUUUUUUCAUACAGCAAAUAGAAAAGACCUUUGAUAUAACUUACAAAUGUUUAAGCCAAAGCAGUUAUACUUUGCUAAGUUAUGAGCCCUAGAACACUGUCUAGUUCUAAAUUGAUGGAGCAUGAUUAACGAGUAGCUGCAACAUUUGGUUGUUGCUUAUUGCCAGAUGUGUGAUUUACAUUCAUUCAUAUCCAACAUCUGGUUGCUAAAAAAAACUCAGGGAUCGUUAUUAACGCAGUGACUUAUUUUUAAGCACACUGUUUAUGAUUGGCCAUUUCUGACACUUUGUGUUGAGAACUAUGCAGAUUUUGCUGCUUCAUAACUGACUCUGAUUUACGCAAAUGUUUCUUUUGGGGUUGACUCCAAAGCCAUCACAAAUGAUGUUGCUUACAUUUCAGAAAAAUUUGCUAAAUUUAAUUUUAAAAAUGUAGAGUUGCUGGUAAACAAGGUUAAUCAUUUUAUAACCAAAUCUCUUCCCUUUACUUUAAAUAAAAAUUGACUCUAUUCAGGUGCAAUUUUUGUCGUCUUGAUUUAUAGUAAUGUCCUCACCCACUGGAGCUAGAACAGAAGUGUGAGAUGCAAGAUGCUCAUUUGGUAGUACUUGUGAUCAUCUGGAUAUGCUCUAUAAUGAUAGUCUGAACUAUUUUAGUUGAGUUUUUGCCACAUCAUGAAAUGUUUAAUUGUAAUUUGCGUGGUAGUUUGUUAAGAAGCUCCUUGUUGGAUUCUCAUCAUAUUUGGUGCAAGGGUUGUUGUUUUCUUUUGCAUCCAUCCAUCUUAGCUCAAUUACAGGAAUACUUUAAUACUUAGUUAACAAUCUUCCAUAGAGGUUUAUGCAAACUUUUAUUCUGAGAAUGACAGGGUGCACUGAUGGUCCACAGGGGUAGUGGACGCAAAAAUGUUUGAGAACCACUGGUCUAUAUGCUGACAACGACUACACAGAAACAAAUGCAAAAAAACAAUCCUCUGAUGUAUGAUAACUUGCUUAGAGUCAUACAUAUUUGAUAAAAUCCCAUAAAAACAUCCAAUAAUUUACUAAAACUAUCUAUAUUUAAAACUAACAUCUUAAGUAGGGAGAUUAGGCAGAUUACCAAUUAUUUGCCCCUCAAUCAGUGCAACUCUACCUGAUCAGCCCUGAUCACCUAUGCCCACCUGAUAAUCUUGAGAUUGGCAUGUUUUACCAUCUGAUCAUUUUUACAAACCUCAGGUACUGUAAACCAAGACUUGCAAUCAAUGUGGGAUCUGUUUUUCUAUGGCUACACAUUUGAGUCCCAGAAGCUGACAGAUGCUGUUGGAAGGUUGCAAGUUCCCCUUGGAGUGGUAAGAAGUUAGGAUAGAUUCAAAUUUUUGUAAAGCCCUGUUAAGCAGUCUGUGUAACAGUGCUCAAACCAUUAUAUUAAUUAUAUUUAAAGUAAUAAAUUAAAUGUUCUGUUAAAUGAUAAGAGCCAUAUAUUUUUGAUAAAAUGUUAACCUAAAUUUAAUAAUUCACACAUCAUUUUUCCUCCAUAUAUAAUCACAGAUGGACCAACCCACUGAAGAAUUGGUCGAGAAUUUCCAUGUGUACAUUGACAACAUUUGCAAACAUAGAAGUGUUGCUUUAGGUACAUUUUUUAAAAAACAUGACUAUUAUUACUAAAAUCAACAAUGUUUAUGUGUCCAUUUUUAAGUAACUGUGUCUGUCUAAAAUAGUUUUUUGCUUAUUAUCUAUUUAUUUUUGCUCCAUAUUACCCACAGGUCCAUUUAUAACAUCAAUCGCUGUUGUGGUGCCUCCUUCUACAGAAGAGUUUCUCCUAAAAGUUGAAGAUUAUGUCCCAGGAUAUAAAAACGAUGAAGUUGAUUCAGAUGAGGAGGAUGUAGCAGAAGCUCAAACUUGAUUUAAUUUUUGCAAUGUUCGUGUGUGGUGAAAUGGCGCUGAUUGCAAAAUGUAAUUUGUGGUUCACUUGAUUGUAGGAAUUAUUAAAAUAGAUAUACAGAAAUAAUUACUGACUUGUCUACAAAGAAAUAAAAUACAUUAAGAAAAAUU